AUAAGAUUAGUUUCAGCGGAUCAUUUUCAAGUCGAGUACGUUACUAUUAGACAACAUGUUAACGUCUAUCAAUCAUUCAAUGCGGCAGCUCAGUAAAAAUCGCCAAAAUCAGUACCUGGCGAAAUUUGUUAUAGUAUUUAUGGUUUUGUUGUAUCUUAUAUAUGCGAAUUAUUAUGCUGGGGUUGAAGAAAACAUACGAUUCAAAAUAUCUUCUGAGAAGACACUAAAAGGUUCAAGAAUUUUGCUAGAAGACAAACUCAGAACAAACUUACUCAGUUCGUCUUGGAUUAAAUUGUUUCCUCAUCUGGAACAUAUGGUCGAAUCGAGGGCAAAAUUGACGGCAGAAAAAAUUACCAGUCCUAUUAACACUGUGGUAAAACUGAUUGACAGGAAAACGUAUAAAACUGGAGAAUUAUUCAAUGCAACGAUCACCGCUUACGAUGAGCUCGGCUAUCGGAAGAAAUAUGGAGGCGAUUUCUUUAUGGUUACUUUGGGACGUCAAAGUUAUAAAAAUGACGGAGUGUCGUGCGAAGUUUAUGACGAGAAAAACGGAUCAUAUCACGUGACUUGUUUUCUCCUGUGGCCUGGUAACGCAGUUCUACGAGUAGUUCUUAUUCACCCCAGCGAAAGUAUAUAUGAACUCAUGAAGAUGUAUUCAUCGGAAUCAGAAUGGGGUGUUCGAAUGGAGGCAAUUAUGUUAAAUUCCAAACAAGAAAAUGAACGUACCGUCUGCUCGAUUGGAUUCCCGGAAACGAGGUCCGACGAAUUAUGUGACUUAUCAAAUCCAACUCAUGGAGAAAAAUGGACGUGCCUGAAACCUUCGUCGGGUGAAUGUUCAAACAUAACAUGGAUGCAGAAGGUUGCUAAUGAAAGUAAAUUGCUCUUUUGGGAUAACAAGUACUUUCGAGAUGGAUAUAAUUCUUAUAUUGAAAUCAAAGGUUCAGGUGCUGCUAUUCGUGUACAGGACUCUGUCAAUCCUCCCAUGUACCCUCCGAUUUUAAAUCGUAGAGUGGGUGUGGAUCCGUCGACACCUACUGGGUGGGUUCUGAAUUCACGAUGGAUUUCUUUUGGAAGGGGAAUUCACAAUUCUAACACAAUACGACUUCGGCAAUGUGCGGCCGGUAAAGAAUUUUAUUUUAUUGGCGAUUCAACUUUAAGACUUUGGCAUAGUUACUUUGCCCAAGUAUUACACAUAAAACAAGAAGCGCCAACCAAUCCAGCUCUAUAUUCUCAACCCCAAGACGGUUACAAAGAAGAUAUAAACACAUCUAUUCAUUACAGAGCCCACGGUCCACCGAUGCAUAAUCCGGGCCCGGUAUGGGUUCGUCCAUUCAUAACCGAUACUUUAGACUCUAUAAAAAACGGUGGCAGGGGUACAUAUGUGAUAAUUACACUAGGAUUACAUUUCGAGCUUUAUGACGCCGAUAUAUUUGGUGAGAGAAUAAGAAUGAUUAAAACAAGGAUAAAAUCGUUACUAUCUCGCCACCCCGGUAUAAAAGUAUUCGUUAAAGGCCUUCAUCAUCACGAGCACACUCCGCUGUGUCCAACGUCUUGGAUCACUUUUAGGUAUGACGUCAUGCUGCGACAUGAAUUUGUGAACAUGAAAGGAGUCGUGUUUUUGCCCAUGUGGGAUUUCUCUGUCUUAAGAGCAAAUAAAGAUCUGCAUCCACAAGGUGACAUAUUCACGACACAAAUCGGAAUGUUUUUAUCUUAUAUUUGCUAAAAUAUUUCGCAAGAAACAGAAAAAAUAUCAAGUAGCUUUGGACAAUGCAGAGAAUUUCCGACGUUUGAUUUGACGACAUGUGUCAAAAUUUAGUAUGAACCGCGGAAAGGCACCACCAAUCAAUUUGCUUGAGAAAGAAAUGACGAUUUUUAUAUUUUUAUAAGAUCAAUAGUCCUCCAAUUAUCUGGACUAAAUUUAUGUUUCAAAACAAAAAUACAAACACAAUUGUUUAAUCCGGAUAUUAUCAUAUUCGGCACAAGAUUUACACCUAUUAGGCAGCGACUUUAAUCGCCACGUAGUGGGUAUUUGGCAACAAAAAUCUAAAUAAUUUUACCUGCAAUAUAAAAAUAAAAUAGCCAUUUUUUGUGCAUCUCAGAAUCAACAAAGAAUGUCAAUAUUGAUUAAUUGUAAUGCUCCUGGUGGCUGAAAUACAUUACAAGACACUCUCACCUAAAAACAAUGGAAGAGUUGUCUACAUUCACAAGUUACUGAACGUAUAUAAAGGAAAUAUUCAGUUGCAAU